UUGCACAUAUCCUGCAGCUCCUCGCACUCCACAGCCUUUCCAGGGUCUCCCCCUGCUUCCUUUGCCAGACCUAACAUUUCCAGUGGAAUUAGCAAAUUAAUUGCAGCUUUAAGAAGUAGAAAAACGCCCUCAGAGGAGCGAGCAGCCCGGCUCUGUCACCAGCACCGUCCCAGAGAAAACAAUGGACCCAGUCGCUUCUGCCAUUGCUGGCAGCAUUGUAGGUGCUGCAAGCGCUGCAACUGUUGCCGGUGUCAGCCUGGUGAUGGGCAACACCGGCUCUAUCUCAAAGAAAAAAAUGUCAGAAGCCAGUGCUAUAAGACUUGAGAGUUCUUCCUGCCUUGAUGAGGUGAUGGGCAACAUCGUCUCUCUCUCAAAGAAAAAAAUGUCAGAAGCCAGUGCUAUAAGACUUGAGAGUUCUUCCUGCCUUGAUGAGGUGAUGGGCAACACCGGCUCUAUCUCAAAGAAAAAAAUGUCAGAAGCCAGUGCUAUAAGACUUGAGAGUUCUUCCUGCCUUGAUGAGGUGAUGGGCAACAUCGUCUCUCUCUCAAAGAAAAAAAUGUCAGAAGCCAGUGCUAUAAGACUUGAGAGUUCUUCCUGCCUUGAUGAGGUGAUGGGCAACACCGGCUCUAUCUCAAAGAAAAAAAUGUCAGAAGCCAGUGUUAUGAGUCUUGACAGUUCUUCCUGCCCUGAUGAGGAGAUCAGCAACACCGGCUCUAUCUCAAGGAAAAAAGUGUUAGAAGCCAGUGUCAUGAGUCUUGCCACUUCUUCCUGCCUUGAUGAGAGGAAAUCUGUGUCGCUCAAGUUUCUGUUCACCAAGAGCAUCCCUGGACAUGGGGAGAUCUUCGAGCAGGUUUUAAAUGGCACUUUGCAGCCUGGGGACAUCUUGCUAUUCCCCUUGGAUGGAAGCAAUAGCACCAUCGCACAGGCCCUCUUGAGACAUGCAGCCGUCUACUGUGGGAAUGGAGAGGUCAUACACUUCCAGGGCAUAGAUUGCAAGGAAAGCCCUGGUGUGAUCAGCAAAGAAGGAUUGUUGAAAAUGCGAAAGAACAGGGGGCUAUUUGAUGUUUACCGGAAAAAAGAUGGGGUUGUUCUCAAGGAAUUCAAUAAUAGAGUCAGGACAGCGAUGAACAGCGAAGCCAAGUAUGACCCUUACACAAACAACUGCAUCCACUUCGCCCUCUACCUCUUGGGCUUGCAGGAGUUCUACUCCAACCUGGUGCGAAUCCAAGAUGAAGGUGACAACAGCUGCAGCGACACUGCAGCUCGGGGACGUCCCAUCAGGGAUGGAGGCCAAGCACAGCAAGAGCCACCUCCUGUAGAUGUUGGAUCCGGCCAAGGUGCUGAGAAGGUGACAAUGUGGGUGCGGGACACACGGGGAUGGAAGAUCCUUAACCUGAGGAUUGGCGUCGUGAUGGCAGAUCUGGCAUCGCUCUUGCGUGGCAAAGGAUGGUUUGCAUGGGGAGGCUGUGCCAGUCCUGUGGCACUCUUCUGCUCUUCGCUCCCCGGGGCCUCUUGCACGACACGCACUUCUGCACAUGUCCUGCAGCUCCUCACACUCCACAGCCUUUCCAGGGUCUCCUUACCCACCUCCCUCCCUCUAUUCCCAAACUAAACAUUUCCAGUGGAAUUAGGAAAUUAAUUGCAACUUUAACAAGUGGAAAAGCCCACAUAGGACUUAGCUGGACCUAUUUCUGUUUGGUGUUUGGCUUUCAGCCUUUCUCUGCCUCCUGUGUAUCGGGAAAGAUGUGAGGUCAGGUUUUGUCCCAGCGCCUGCUGAUCCACCAUCCCCUGCAUUUCCCUCAGCCCCUGGCAGAGUGAACAGCCCGGCUCUGUCACCAGCACCGUCCCAGAGAAAACAAUUAUGAAUUUCUUCGCUGGCAUGUUUGCUGGUUCCAGAGUUCCAGAUAGUAUCGCGGUAAGCGUGCUCCCAGCUCUCCCACCCAUUGCACACAUCUGCCUGGACGGUGGUCAGAGCAGGACAGGGAGGGGAAGAUGCACAGGGCUUGUCCUGGGACGGCUCCAGCUCGGAGCCGUUGGGAAGGACGGGUGACUUUUGCCCGAGCCCUUGUGCCUGGCAGGAGAACUUCAAACAUGCAGCUGUCUACUGUGGGGAUGAAGAGGUCAUACACUUUGUGGGUAAGUGCCAGGCCCCCUGUCUCCUUUGGGGUUCUGGUGGUGGCCAAAAUGUGGCCAGUGUUCGUGGUGGCUGGGCCAGGGUGAUGGGCAGCUCUUGCUUUUCUAGGCACGGGAACUGCUGGUCCCUGUCAUGGAGGCACCCCGAGGUUAGUUUAAGGGACAACAGGGUCCGAAACAACUUUUAUUAAACCGGGGAGAAACAGGGUUUUAGCACUCCAAAGUGACUUCAAUAAAGGUUUGGGUAUCUGUUGAGGAAAAUUAUUAAGGGGCAGCAACUAGUACAACAGGCGGUCCACAGUGGGCAUGCACGUGGCUUCACUCAAAGCAAUGCCAGAGCCGGCCCUGAGUCCGAUUCGAAUACACAUUGCCUAAACACGGUGUGGGGUUAUUUUAAAGAGAUACACAUACUUACACACGUGGCGGCAAGGCAAGCGGAGUCUCAGUCCCGGGGAGCAGGGGGGGGUCUCAGCGGCAGCAACUUGCUCGUGCUCCGAGAGACCCGCGACAAUGGGCGGAGUCUCGACAAGUAUCCCGUGUUUAUUGGCUGAUCAGAUCUGACUGUAGGCAUUCUAGAAGCUUCUCUGCACCCCCACACUGGCUGUGGGUGCCCCUGAAGCCUCCAAACAUCCCCCACAUUGGCCGCAGGUGCCCAGCGGCUCACUGGUGCCUACUGAACGAGGGAGUGGGAGAGAGGGGGGUUUCCAUUCUGCCACAGUCCCAGCAGCAGUCAGACGAUUCCCGGUCUGAUCAUCAAGUCAGGCUACCAAACCCUGAUAAAAGAAAGGGGGCAAUGCCAGAUUUACCGGAAGAAAGGUGGGGUUAAUCUCAAUGAUUUCCGUAGUAGAGUCAGAAGUGCGAUGAGAAGUGAAGCCAACUAUAACGCCUACACAAACAACUGCAUCCACUUCGCCCUCUCCUUCCUGGGCUUGGAGAAGUUCUCCUCAGAACUGGUGAGCACGGAGCUGGUGUCACAGCCGCGGUGGGACGGCUCCUGCACCCACCCCCAGCCCUGCGUUUGCAUCCUGACCUGAUUCCCCCUGGGGUGCCCAUGGGCGGUGGGGACAGCGGUGGGGAGAGCGGAGCCCCCUGCACAUGGACAGCUUUCUCUUGCAGGUGGAAAUUCGAGGUUGAUGUCACAGCUGCUGCAGUGGGGCUGUGAGUAUCUUCAUGUCAAUCCCUGGGCAGUGUUUGAGGUCCCUCGGAGGAAUGUGGGUUCCAAUGGAUGGCUUUUGGAUCUCCAGCAGGGCUAUGGGUUCCCUCAGAGUAUUUGGGGGUCCCCAGCAGGGCUGUGGAGUCCCCAGCAGGGCUGGGCUCCAGCUGCCAGCGCUGCCAGGGGACCGAUCCACACGGGCUGGGAAAGGAAGGGGCUCAGGGGACCAUCCUUCAUAUCCAGGCCAUCUGAAGCCCCCCCAGACCGGCGGGGCAGGGGAGCAGCCACACGGCGUGAGGGGUGGCAGCCCCAUGUCCCCAGCAGGAUGAUCCCCCGACCCACAGAGGAGCCUCAGCAUCGCCCCGUGCACCCCAACACCUCACCCAGGGAAGGAGCUUUUGUUUGGGAGGGUGGGUGAUGUUGCUUUCUGUUUCCUUGAGGGUAAUUUCCAUGCACUAAUCAGAUGUUUUAUUAAAUACUGCUACCUGAAACAUGCCUGAUAUUUGCCUUCCUGCAUCGGUCCUGCCUGAUGGGCUGAGACAGCUGCCCGGCCGCCACCAGCCUCUCGGGACUUCUUAGCUGCCCAGGGUAAUUGUAAUAAGUGAUGGUCAAAAUUUUUAAUGUUGAACAAAUCGAGUAGGAUUCAAUUGUAUUAUGCAUAUUAUUGUAAGCAGUAACUGUGCUUGUGCGAGUUUGAUUAUGUUUUGUAGAACCUUGUAGUAGUAGUUAAAGACAAUGCCAUAAAUAACAGGACUACCAGGUGGUGCCAUAAAUAACAGGACUACCGGAUGGUGUCAUAGAUAACAGGACUCCCGGAUGGUGCCACAGAUAAUAGGACUCCCAGAUGGUGUUACAGAUAACAAAGCGCUCGGAUGUUGCAACAGAUAACAAAAGUUCCAGAGGCGGAAAUUCCCAGCACGUAAACGAACGCAUAACGUAUAUAAGCACAUACGAAAGGUUGAUUUGGUGUGCCUGUUGGUGGAACUGAGCUUCCCCCGGUCACCCAGCGCUGUUUUGCCUAAUUACCGCUUGCUAAAUAAAAUCGAUUGAUUGACGCAGAAUCGAUUUAUUGGCUCUUAUUUAUAACAAAUUUUGGUGCCGUGACUCGGAUUAAGGAUCUCUGGGAGGGACUCUUAAACUUCAGGGAGGCGCCCCGUCCCGUUUUCAGACGGCCCUGGAGUGGACAGAGGAUUGCCCUGAAACCUUAACCUCCGAACCCUAAAUUUAGGUAAUUAGGCAAAAGAAUUGAACCCCUUAAACCUUUGUGCACGAAGAACCGGACGAAGACCACAGAGAGGGUAAGUAUAGAAAGCGAUUCCGUUCGGUUGGGGUGGGUAUCCUGGAGUGUGCAUGAACGAGACGCCCCCCCCGGCUUGGGGAGGAAGCGAAGUGAGUGUGGACCCUGCCGUAAGGCAGGGCGGGACUCUCUAGUAGUGCGGUUCUCAUAGCCCGCGAGGGCGUGAGCCACGAACGAGGGGUGCGUGUGUGUGUGUGAAAAGAAGACACUCCGGAAGAUGGGACAGAAGAAGGGCAAGCCUUCUGAUCUCAUGGGGAAGGGACCCACAGAGAGGUUGCCAGAUAUUCCCCGAGAAUCCUCAUUGGGCCUUGUGUUCACUGGGAAGGGACCCACGGAGAGGUCUAGCACGCGAAACAAAAAUAGGGAAAAGAUGGUUUACUAUUGCAUGCAUGGCUGGGGAAACCAGCAGAUUAGACCAGAUCAUUUAUUUUGGCCAAUUUUUGGGUCAUAUGAGAAUUGGAUUUGUCAGGCCCUAAAUCUUUACCAACGGCACCAACAAGGGCCGGGUGCUGACAUUAAGUGGCCCCAGCAGCGCCCUAACUGGGAUAAUCAAAACCCGGAACACAGGGGCCAUAUGGGAGAUCUCCGCACUAUAAUCGUCCAAGGGAUUAAGGAAUCUGUCCCUCAAGGGCAGAACAUAAAUAAAGCCUUUAAAGAACAACAAAAGAAAGAUGAGACUCCCACAGAAUGGCUAGAAAGACUAAGAAAGAGCUUGCAGCUUUAUUACGGUAUAGACCCUAUGACACCGGUCGGGCAAGCUCUUUUAAAAACACAGUUUGUGGCGAAGUCAUGGCCGGAUAUUAAAAAAAAAAAAAAAAAGUUAGAAAAAUUGGAAAAUUGGCAAGAGAAAGGGUUGGAUGAGUUGCUAAGGGAAGCACAGAAGGUUUAUGUGAGAAGGGAGGAAGAGACUCAGAAGAGGCAAGCUAAAAUUUUAGUAGCGGCAGUUUGAGAGGUACAGAGGAUGGCUCCACAGAAGGGAGGGCCACCACGCAUAGGUGGGAAUGGGCCACCUCAGGGAAGUCAAGUCGGACUGAAGGAUUUGAAGGAAAUCGAAUAUUUUUACUGUCAGAGGAAGGGACAUAUGCGAAGGAGCUGUAGGAAACGUAUACAGGAUGAGAAAAUGUAUUAUGCUGAGUAGGGGUGUCAGGGGCUCUAUCUGCUGGGGACUCCUAAAACAACAGAGCCCUUGAUAAAAUUAAAGUUAGGUCCCCAGUGCCAGGAAAUGGAAUUCCUGGUAGAUUCGGGGGCAGAAAGAUCUAUUGUCCAAACUGUGCCCCGGGGAUGUGCUCCAUCUUCGGAGAAAAUAGAAGUAAUAGGAGCAAAAGGAGACCCCUUUUCUGUACUAGUAAUUAAAGGGGUAGAAAUAGAAUCCCCAUCCCGAAUAGGGAUAGGGUCCCUUUUAUUAGUGCCUGAAGCUGAAUAUAACCUAUUAGGAAGGGAUUUAAUGGUCGAAUUGGGAAUUAGUUUAGAAAUAAAAGAUCGGGAAUUGAAAGUAAAACUAUACCAAGGUAAGAGAGGAUUUAGAAGAAGAAGAGGAGUUUUUAUGUGGAUCAUCACGGGUAGUGGAUGGGAAAAGGAAGUCAGGAUACGCUAUAAUAGAUGGAAACAGCUGGACAACUAAGGAGUCAGGUCCCCUUAACUCAGGAUGGUCGGCGCAGGCUUGUGAGCUGUUCGCAGUAUUGAGGGUAUUACAGUUGUUAAAAGAUAAGAGAGGAACAAUAUUUACAGAUUCUAAAUAUGCAUAUGGGGUGGUUCACACGUUCGGAAAAAUUUGGGAAGAGAGGGGACUGAUGAAUUCUCAGGGUAAAGGAUUAAUACAUGAGACCUUAAUAACGCAAACUUUGGAGGCAUUAAGAGGGCCCAAACAAAUUGCGGUAGUUUAUGUAAAGGGCCAUCGGAAGGGAACCUCCACGCAAAUAAGAGGGAAUAAUUUAGCAGAUGAGGAAGCUAAGAAAGCUGCAUUGCUGGUAAUAAAAGAAAUGGGCAGCUGGAAUCAGCAGUUUCCAAAAAGUGUUAGAAUGGAAGAAUCCUUUUUGCACUCUUUUCUUAAUAUUAAGGACAUUCUUAAAACUAGUUAACACGUCAGUGUGUUAGUUUUUAAACUUCAAGGUAUUUUCGGGAGCUUUUACUUAAUAAGAAUAAAACUUUGUUAUUGUGCAAUAUUUGUUCAUUAGUUUAAAAAUUGUCACCUUUAAGAGUUGGUCCCAUAUAAAUGUAUCUUCUGUCAGGGAGUUUUAAAUACCAGAUUUCUUUUUUGUUACUUUGUAUUUUGAAAUCUGUUUUCCUAUGUGCUUGUACUCUGUGCCUUCAGCUUGUGCACUUUGCAACUUUAUAGACCAUAUUUUGUUACUGCAAAAUGUGUUCUUGAGGCAAAACUUGACGUGAACAAACAUGCUGCAAAGUUGCACUUUUCUCUUGCUUUAAUGGGAGGUGAAUCUGAAAAAAAGUCGAACCUAUCACCGUCCCUAAUCGUGACUUGGAAGUUUGCCCCCUUUUAUUUUACAUGUGUUUUAGUGUUCAGUGUGGGGACCAACUCUCAUAGAACCCCUUUCAUUGACUUUUCAGUAGCUUCCAUAAUCGCAAUAGAUUGAGGUGUGAAUUCCAGACUGAAUAAGAUACUAAGAUGUGUUUGAUGCUGUGCUAUGCAGAAAUAUUUGGGGCAAAUUCUUGGGUUUUGUAGGUCUGCAAAGUGCAUCUCUGGCAGCACGAACCAGACUUGCAGUUGGUUGAUCAGUGAACAGUGGCACCUGUCCAAGGUCACUUUGUGGCUCCUGUGCCGUUUCUCCUGUCCAGGGGACCGAGCAGAGUGGGGGGGGAGGUGUUGUCCCUGCCACAUAUGUUCUUUGUUUUUUUUUUUUUCUUCCUGCAUUGUGUGGUGAAGUUCCGCGGGCCCUUUUGUGCUUGUGUGGCUUCGUAAGAACUGUUAAAGCGAGGUCUGGUGGUCUAGAGACCACCUUUAGAUAUAGCAAUACAUCGUAUCAAACCAGGAAAUCAAGUACUCAUAAAAACAUGGAGGGAAUCAUCGCUAACCUGUCCUGGGAGGGACCUUUCCUUGUUUUACUCACCACAGAUGUCACAGUCUGCACCGCGGAAAGAGGAUGGACACACGCUAGUCGAGUAAAAGGUCCUAUACUGCACACAGACUGGGAAGUCACUGGGAAACUGGAUGAGUUGAAGCUGACCUUCAAGAGGAAACAGACACGUGACGCAUAGCCCUGGAUACUAGGCUUUUUAUGGACAAUUGUAAGGAAUUACAUAAGUCGCACAUCGCAUGUCCUGUAUGUAAGCAAUGCAAUCCGUGGGUAUGUCGUGUGUGUCACGGGUGCGGGAUACAGCAGUGAAAAAAAGUUUCCUUAUGUUGAACGAUGGUGUAAUGAGUGUUGGGAAAAAAAAACCUUAGAUACCAUUAGGAUAUUAAUAAUCACUGAUAAGUCCAGACAUUUGGGAAAUAACCAAGAGGAAGUGUAAGAAGCGUUUUGGUAAGAAAAGAUACAGGAAGUGUUCCAAACCCUGUGAGGAUUCGGGACAGUGGCCAAACCCUUGUAUUUGAAAAUAGCCCUAUUGGGUUCAAUAUUGGAAAGUGGGUUGUGACAGAACAAGGAGAGAAUUCAGGAGGCAGUCCCCUGAAGACUACAACUGCUGCCGAGAAGAUAACUUAUCCGGCUACUCUGAAGCAACAGAGUAGGCCCAGGGCAAGGCAGAGGGGUAUCCUUGUGGGGAUUGGCAAGUGCCUCCGAAGACUUCUAAAAUAAAGCAGCUCCUUAAGCAGAACAACCCUCAACAAAAUGAACCUCCACUGGCUGAUUUUCAGCCAACCAGGGGCCGGGUCGCUCUCCCUAAUCCUCCUUACCUUACCGGUAAUAAUAGCAAUAAAGCAGGGGAGUUCUCACCAACCUUUUAAAUGGACCCUCUAUCGAUGGGAGGACCAAACGAUAAUACAACAACAGCCCACAUCAGGGUCACCUUCUUUUACUGUAACCUUAUGCCAAUUAGUUCAGAUUGAGCCAUGCCUUAACAAAAUGGGGUUUUAUAUGUGCCCCAGCACAGGGCCCUCGUAUUGUAAUACUCCAGGACACUAUUACUGCUCUUACUGGGGGUGUGAAAUGAUUGCCUCAAGCUGGCCAAUUCCUCCGGCAAAUACUGAUAAGUUCUUAAAGGUUGGAUGGGGACCUGUAGGAUGCAUUCCUCCUUCGAACCAAGGCCGCCGACUAAAACUCGGUUAUCCUCGCAACCGAAACGAGCGGGACAGUGAUGGCGAGUAUGAAUAUAUAUUCCUUAACAUAACAAACCCUGAACAUAGUGGAUGGUUUGUUAGAAAAACCUGGGGAAUGCGAUAUUAUCGACCGGGUGCUGAUAGAGGAAGCAUGUUUCUCAUAAAGAAAGAAGAAGUUAAACCGACCCCUCUAGGUAGGGAGACAAAGACAGUAGAGAAGGAGAAUAUAAUAGUAAUAGAGGAAACUGUCACUGAAGCCUUGAAAUCUCUGAAUAUUGAAGCCCCGGAAUCUUUGAAUCCUCUAUGGGGAAUUAUUCUGGCUGCUUAUCAAACUCUAAACUAUACUCAACCCAACUUAACCAUGGGUUGCUGGUUGUGUUAUAAUGUUAAUCCACCCUUUUAUGAAGCUAUACGGGAUAAUCGUCGGUAUACCAUAAACAAGGAGUCUAUGCCUAUUCAAUGUCCCUGGGAAAAGCAGAAAAGAGGGAUAACUAUGCAACAUGUAACUGGAAUAGGGACUUGUACAGGUAAAGUACCAAAUUCCAAGAGACCACUUUGUGGGAAUAUCAUACCAAGCCUUAAUAAAACCACAGGAUAUAUUAUUCCCCCGAAUAGAACAAAAUGGAUAUGUUCCAGGACGGGACUUACUCCAUGUGUGUCUUUAAAAGUGUUUAACAGUUCCCGAGAGUAUUGCAUGUCAGUUACUAUCAUUCCAAGGAUAUUAUAUCAUCAAGAAGAUGUGAUGUAUCCUAAAUCGAUUUAUUGGACUAGUUAAAAACCGUGUAGAGCGGGUACACCUUAUGCUGCUACAGAAACAUGGAACUGAUGAAGAAGCUGAAAUGACCUUACUAGCCCGAAAAGCGGUAACUCGAUUUGAUCAACAAAUAAAUGAGUAAAAAAAAAAAAAAAGGGGGGGAAUUGUAAUAAGUGAUGGUCAAAAUUUUUAAUGUUGAACAAAUCGAGUAGGAUUCAAUUGUAUUAUGCAUAUUAUUGUAAGCAGUAACUGUGCUUGUGCGAGUUUGAUUAUGUUUUGUAGAACCUUGUAGUAGUAGUUAAAGACAAUGCCAUAAAUAACAGGACUACCAGGUGGUGCCAUAAAUAACAGGACUACCGGAUGGUGUCAUAGAUAACAGGACUCCCGGAUGGUGCCACAGAUAAUAGGACUCCCAGAUGGUGUUACAGAUAACAAAGCGCUCGGAUGUUGCAACAGAUAACAAAAGUUCCAGAGGCGGAAAUUCCCAGCACGUAAACGAACGCAUAACGUAUAUAAGCACAUACGAAAGGUUGAUUUGGUGUGCCUGUUGGUGGAACUGAGCUUCCCCCGGUCACCCAGCGCUGUUUUGCCUAAUUACCGCUUGCUAAAUAAAAUCGAUUGAUUGACGCAGAA